CCACCAUCCCCAUGGAUCCUAAUCUAGAACUCUACAAAAGCCUGCUGGGUCUUGAUCCUCCUGAGCGCCAUGAACGUCUACUCCAUCUUCCUCGAUCUGAGCGUUCCAGGGUCGCGAGUAUUGUUGGGCGCGAAAAGCUGAAUCGGAGGCUACAAGAAGAGUUGGUGGGCAGGGACCUUGUUGAGAUGCCGGUGAGCAACCCCUCCGAGUUUCAUGGUAGUGUCCUCUUGCAAAACGCACCCCUUGGAAGAAUUUCUUAUAUACCGGAUGAAACUGAAAUGGCUUACAGAUAA